UUGACAGUUUAUAAAUUACUUUUGUACACUAAACUGUCCGUUUGUUCACUUUGUUUGCUUAAAAUCGUUUGUUAUAGUUUUAAUUACCUUAGUCCUCUAAGCUGUACGCCUAUACACCUUCUUUUAUAUCGUUAUAAAUACUACCAGGGUCAUUUGACCACUGAAAGGAUUUUCUAAAUUGCAAGACACGAUUUAACAGUGCAAGCUCCAAACAUGCCAACGAUGGGAUCUCUGAACCAGGGGAUCCAGUAUGCUAAUAAUCCGAUCCAAAGCCCUCAGCUUCAAACGUCACUGCAAGGCUCGCCCUCGCAACAUAGCCCUAUGGGAAUGCAAUCACAAACAGCACCUAAACUAAACCAAGGAGGUGGCGAUCAGACGUCACAACUUCUCAGUCGUCCAAGACUUCAAGAGCUGGUCCGGGAAAUCGACCCUACUAUGCAGCUUGAUGAAGAAGUAGAGGAAAUAUUACUGCAAUUAGCCGAUGACUUCAUUGACACAUCACUAUCUUCAUCUUGCGCUCUAGCUAAACACAGACAUUCAUCGAAUGUGGAACUUAAAGAUGUUCAACUACAUUUAGAACGACAAUGGAAUAUGUGGAUUCCAGGUUUCGGAAAUGAUGAACUAAGGCCUUAUAAACGAGCAGCAGUUACGGAAGCACACAAACAGAGAAUGGCUCUCAUUAGAAAGACUAUUAAAAAAUAUUAACACAUCAAACCUACUAUAAUCUAAAUGCUUUUAAACUUAAUUGGGAAGCAUUUUGUAUAAUAAAAGAAAAAUUAUUUGUCAUACAA